GCUUCGUGAAAUGUAGACCACCUGGAACGCGUCCCCAUUCUAUGGUACUGUAGUUUGAUGACGCGGUAACUAUACGGAAGUUGUAAACAUGGAGCUCCCCACCGCGGACGGCGUGUCUGCACCUCUGCCUGGAAGAUGUGCUUUUUACGUGGAAAAGAAAAAACGAUUCUGCAAAAUGAUAGUUGGAAGUGGAAAAGCAUAUUGUGGGGAACAUGCUAAUGCGGAAAAGGACUGUGAGAAAAAAAGAAUAGCAUGUCCUCUGGAUCCAAAACACACUGUAUUCGAAGACCUUUUAGCAAAACAUCUGAAGAAGUGCAACUCCAGAGAGAAACCCAAACCUCUGUUCUAUGUGCAAGAUAUUAAUGCUGGACCAGCCAUUGUUGAGGACACCCCCAAAGAUGAGGUACCUUUGUCAGAUCGCAGCAAAGCAGAGUUGAACCUGCUCAUAAAAAAACUGAAGACUGCCGUCAAAGGGCUCAAAUGCAAACAUGAAGAAAAUAUACAAUCUCACCCUGCUCUCCAUGAAGCUUUGAAUGAUCCAAAGAAUGGGGACUCUGCGUUCAAACACCUGAAGCAACAGGCGUCCCUUUUAGGAAACAUGGAGGAUUUGCACCUGCUUGGACCUAACAGGUGUUUUGUUGAGUUUGGUGCAGGGAAAGGCAAGCUUUCCCACUGGAUCCAUGUCGCUCUGAAAGCCUAUGACGACAUCCAUUUCCUGCUUGUGGAAAGAUCAAGCGCUCGUUUUAAAGUAGAUGGCAAACACCAAAAUUCUGAUACCAAAUUUGAAAGACUACAAGUGGAUAUUCAGCACCUUGAUUUGCGUAAAGUUCCUCUCCUCCAAGAAAAGGGACUUCCAGUGGUUGGAGUGGGCAAACACUUGUGUGGCGCAGCAACAGACCUUGCUCUUCAAUGCCUACUGGGCAGCUCGGAGACUGCGCCCCAUGGGAUCGAAGAUCAGCCACCCAGCAAGCGCUCAAAGCUCCAGCAGCAGCCUGGAGAGUCUACAGGACCGGAGCUACAGCCCAUUCCCAGGGRGGCAGGGGAGACUGCUGCCGGCCAGGAGCUGAGGGUAGGUGGGGUGGCCAUCGCCUUGUGCUGCCACCACCGCUGUGACUGGAGGCAUUAUGUAGGCAAGGAGUUCUUCAAGGAGAAAGGACUAGGUGCCUCUGAGUUUGCUGCCUUCCUGCGCAUGUCAAGUUGGGCGACCUGUGGCUCGAGACAAGCAAGACAGACCUCUCCACCACAAGAUCAAACUGACCAAACGUUUGAGGAAGAGGAGCACGAAGCGACAGAAGAGGCUGAACUAGACAGCUUGGAAGGAGUGUUGAAUGCUGAGGACCGUGAACACAUAGGACGCCUGUGCAAGCUGCUGAUUGACCAGGGCAGGGUUCACUUCCUGCAGCAGAAGGGAUUUGACUCCCGCCUACUCUACUACACCAGCUCAGACGUUUCUCUAGAAAACGUGUUGCUAACUGCACUUCCCACCUCGCGGUGAAAAUAAAUUCCAUUGACAGUGCAACCUGCGCGGUGCACGGACAGCACAACUCUCUAUUUUGAGCAGUGCUAUUUAUCUUGAUACUUUUCCUUUUUUUUAAGCCAAGAAAGCAAGAAACCUGUUUGCAGUUACAGAAAACAUUACACUGGCAACAGAAGAAAACAGACUGUUAACAAGGCAAAAAGCUCAGGACAUAGCAGACAAGACUAUGGUUGGAGUCAAUUCC